AUGGAAUCAAGUCCGAAUAACGUUAUAACGUAUGUGAAUAACCCCUCCUGGAUACUAAGAGAUACAAGUACCGUUAGUAUAAGCGAAUCUCGAGAUUCUCCGAAACCACAACUACAACGAUCACAAAGCAUUGUCUCAAGUAACACUGGAUCUGUGUAUGUUACUAUAAGGGCAUAUGCACGCCCGCCAGUUCUGCCAACAAACAGUAACAACAACACCGAAUAUCAGCAAGCUCAAACCCCAAGCUCAGAACUCACAGCCUCGCCUUAUACUAUGCUUGCUGUCCAAUCGUUUUCCGAACAAAACGACGAAAUCAGAAUGGCCAUGCCUUAUCUCCUAGCCACACCACUUAAACCUAUAACUGCAACCGCUAUGAACCUCAUCGCAGAUUUAGCGAAGGACCAGGGAGUUCAGGACAUGAAAGCUCAUGGUGCCCUCAGUGACGGUGAUAAUGCUAAAGUCGACAUGAGCGAUGCUGGGUCACAAGAGAGUCAGGUGAUUAGGGCUAAGAAGGCGCUUGCAUAUGAAGGCGAAGAAGCUUAUCGGGGGUCUUAA